AUGUCUGCAAAUAUUGAUCCGUUGGUCGGUGUUGUGGAGCACUCGACCAAUUUUGUCCGCUUUUCGGUGUUUGUGGCACAAAGUGGUCAAAUGAUCACAUAUUAUCAGCUCGAGGUGAAUAAGAUACUGCCCCGGGAGGGCUGGAUCGAGCAGGACCCUGUUCAAAUCUACGAGACUGUUUUGCAAUGCAUCGAAGUGGUCACCUAUAAGUUGUCACAAUUGGACAUCGAUCUAGAUCAAAUCAAAUGUAUUGGCAUUACUAAUGAACGCGAGUCUACUGUUGUUUGGGAUAAAAUCACUGGACAGCCCUUUUACAACUGCAUCGUAUGGCUGGACAACCGGACCAGCGAUUUGGUCGAGAAGAUAAUCGACGACAUCCCGGGCCGUGACAUCAAUUGGCUCAAGAAGAAG